AUGUUGGCUCAGAUAAUGAUUUUGUGUGCACUAAUCACACUGCUUCUUUAUUUUUUACUCGGUCACCGAAAAAUGAGGAAAAAUGUGACCGAUACAUCUUUGAGCCCUCCUAUCCAUUCCUCAUGGGUUCCAUUCUUGGGUCACAUUUUCAACAUUGCAACCAAAGGAUCUAAUUUAUACAUUUCGUCACUAUGUGCCCUUCAGCGCUCACCGAUAGCAACCCUAAAGCUCCCCGGACAAGACAUGCACCUGAUACAUCCAUUAGACCUCUCAAGUGUUAAACAAUUCACUGGUAUGCGCCAUUUAAGUCUAAUGGCUGUAUUCCAUAUUGCAGUUGGACCGGCAAUGGGGCUCGUCCCUGCCAGUGAGAAGUUUCUCACAGAUCCUGAUACGGGUGACUUCAAGCGGGGGUUAUCCCGAUUGUUCAAUGGCGAAUUGAGGAGCCUACAGAAUCUUCAUAAGUAUGCUUUUCAGCUAGAAAAAAAGAUUGACGGAUAUUGGCGUCAAAAAUUUACAACUCAAGACGUAUCAAUUAAUGUUGGGCUUGGGAGUUGGACUUUUGAUAUUCUUUCGCGCUCAAUGGGCGCCGUAUUUUGGGGCGAACAAGGUCCAUUCGAAGACAAACUCUUCCGCCAGCAUCUUAAGCUAUUCAUCCAAAAUCUAGAGACAUUACGCAAUCCGAUCACAUUCUUUAUACCGUCUGAACUCCGUUUAGCUCGGGAAUACGUCCGUGAGAAGAUCGCUCAGUCCGCAUUCAAUGAAGCAUACGGGGGAGAAGACGUGACGCUUUUUGAGCGACUCGCUCUACUCUACGAUUCUCUCGAGAUCCCUCCAGAGUGUUUCUCUGAUUGUCAUUUAGUUGCUAUUGUCGGACUAAUGUCAAACGUUAUAAAUAUUAUCUCAUGGGCCUUGUGCCAUAUUUUAGCUAAUCCAGAGCUUCGGGACGCUCUGAUGGAAGAACUCAACAGAUUGGUCGAGACAUCUUCCUCUCCAUACCUCAUCAUCGAUGCUGACAGAAUCCGAAACAACUGUCCACUGCUGGUGGCAACUUGGUACGAGCUCCUACGGGUGUAUGGUGAUUCUCCGGUUGCACGUGGAGUGCAUAAGGAUAGUCUCUUUGAUGGCAAAUAUCGGCUUGAAAAGGGAUCCAUCAUCAUGACUCCGAUCCACCUACAUAACUUUGAUAAGAAUAUAUGGGGAGAACAUGCCGACGAAUUUCAGCCCCGCCGAUUCCUCCGGAAUGGUGAAUCGGUAGAUGCAGAGUUAAUUAAGCAUCUAAACGUCUUUGGCCUUCCUGGUAUGCACCAAUGCCCAGGUCGCUACCUUGGAUUUACUAUGACUCUUGCAUUUGUGGGGAAAGUACUCCUAGAAUUCGACAUUACUCCCGCAUCAGACGAUGCUCUGGGAAAAGGGAACAUACCGAAGAGAAAGGAGACCAUGCUAGGAUUACCUGCUAUGAGCGAAGACCCCAAGGUCAAUAUCAAACGCCGCAGAGGGAUCGAAGGAGUACAGGUGGCUUUUGAUAACGUCAAACCUGGAUGGUAG